GCAUCUGGCAUUAGUGAGCUAAACCGCAUGCGGAGCGGUAGUGAACGAAUCAGCUUAGCGGUCGUGUUGUCGCGAGUGUUUUGUCUUGUGUUCUAACUGUAAACUACAACCAUAGUAGUACUGUCACAUAAAGUACAAUAAACUCUCUUUCUUGUGUUAGUGAUGUCGAAAGACAGCACCAGAUUAAGCCGAGUGGGAGUCCUCGCUCCAGCCGCUCUGUCAGCAUGUAUGGACGCAUCCGUGCUGGCUGUACCCGCAGCAGGGGCGAUUGUAUCCACAGUACUGAAAGAACUAAGCAAGGCCUUCAUGCUUAAAAAAUGGUUCCAUGGGAUCAUGUCGGCUAAAGAGGCGGAACAGCUUAUCAUGGAGAAGGGGAGGAAUGGCUCGUUCUUGGUGCGGGAGUCGCUGACCCACCCCGGCGAAUACGUGCUCUCUGUUCGAGUCAGGGGUCGCGUGUCCCAUGUCAUGAUACGUAGACAGCAAGAUAAAUACGACGUGGGCAGUGGUGAACAGUUCGACGAUCUCGUGGGCCUGAUCGAGCACUUCCGAUCUUACCCGAUGACAGAGACCUCUGGAGACGUACUGCGCCUAUUACAACCUGUCAGCGGCACCUGCCUCCGUGCCAAGGAUAUUGAUGAGAAAGUCAUGGAAAUGGAUGACAUUCAAAAACCGGACAAUAAAUGUGGUUUCGACGUAGAAUUUUAUUCGUUAAAAUUAAUUGAAGAUAUGUUUGUUUAUACGGCAAAUGAAGGCGCCAAGAUGGAGAAUAUGCACAAAAAUCGAUACCGUAACAUCAUACCUUAUGACCAGACACGGGUGGUGUUACGACGUGGUAGUGAUGAUUCCCAUUGUUCAGAUUAUAUCAAUGCCAACUACAUCAGAUCCUCUCGUCUCAGUGACAUCUCGAGUUCUGUACAGUCAUCCACAGAAAGUCUUAACAGCGUACAUUCACUGAUCCUGCAUAGAGGCUCUCGGGAGUCACUCCCACUGGUCUCCAAGUCACUAUCUGAUGAUGCACUUCGGGAGGUCAGAAAGUUUAUGAAACUGGACAAAAUAAAAGAAAACAAACGACGAAAUAUAGUGAAAGACAAAUCAUAUAUAGCAACACAAGGCUGUCUCACGAACACGGUGAAUGAUUUUUGGCGUAUGAUCUGGCAAGAAGAUGUUAGAGUAAUAGCAAUGAUUACAAACGAAGCUGAAAGGGGAAAGAAAAAGUGUGAACGAUACUGGCCACUGUCGGGUCAGAAAGAGAUGUACAACAAUCUGCUGGUGAAGUCCAUAUCAGAGACAUAUUAUGAAGAUUAUCUUCUGCGCGAAUUUGAUAUCAGCGACAAGACCACGUGCAGAACUGUCUAUCAAUACCAGUUUACUGCAUGGCCUGACCAUAGUAUACCUGCGGAACCAGACGGAGUACUUGCAUUUAUAGACGAUAUAAACAGAAGAAUGCGUCAGAAUAUCGAAGAGCAAAGAGCUCCUGAACAGAAUGUGCUGUGCGUGCAUUGUUCAGCUGGGGUCGGCAGGACUGGUACAUUUAUUGUUCUCGACAUGCUCAUCGACAAGAUUAAAUUAUCCGGUUUUAAUUGUGAUAUCAACGUGCACAACACGGUGAAACUGAUCCGAACGCAGCGGAGAGGGAUGGUGCAAAACAAAUCUCAAUACAGAUUCAUAUAUCUAGCCCUCAAGAGUUACAUCGAUAAUAAUAGCUCGCAGUCACGAAAAAAGAUCUACAAGAACGAAGCGUAAUCGAAGAACACCAAAUAUUAACCAAAGUGCACAAUACUUAAGAAUAAUAUUAAAUGAAAAGUGUUAAAAUAUUGCAUAAUAUUAUUUAUUAGUUAUUAAAAAUAUUCUUACGGCCAAACCCAAUAAUUGAUCUGUAAACAUUAAUACUUUUAAGGUAAUUUUUACUAAUAUUUGCGUUAAAUGAAAUAGACUUAAGGACAUUUUUUAAAUUAUUAGAUGGCAAACGAACGGUCACCUGGAUUCCCUGAAAUAGGGAAGAGACCGCUGUCCAUGUACAUCUGUAAUUUCAGAUGCGUUGCCCACCUGUAACCGACGAACGAAUAGAACGAACAGAAAGAAAAUGUUUCCCCUCACUAUGCGUCCCAUUCUCUGUAAAAUUUACAUCCCAUCUUUUCCUUAUAAGAAAAGGGUGGGAUGGGAAAGGGAUCUAAAAUUAGACAUCAGUCUGUAUUACAGUAUUACUAUCUAUUUAAAAUACUAAUUACCUUCUUAUAACCAUCUUCUUGGAAUCAUCUGUAAAUCUUCCGUUCGAUUAUUGGGUUCGAUCGUUGGAUGAACUUGAAUGUAAUGUUAAAUAUAAUCAUAUCGCUGUAUGUUUGCUUAUGAAUAAUUAUAAAAUUAUACAAAUCAGUGAAAUAAAACUAUAUUUUAU